CUAUCCUUUGCAGUUUGACACAGAUUGACAUUUAAUUAUUCUUGUUCAAAGAAGCGUUUAUUAACCCUUGUGCUGCUUCGGGUCAUUUAAGACAUCCUUUAUCGCAUUUUUCUAAUCGAGAACAAGGAGAGAAUAUUUCAACUCACGAGUCAAGACGCAAGCAAGGCUACAUCGGGAAAAGAAAGCAGCGAAAGAAAGCAUCACAUUGAAGUACAUUUUGAGAUUUCGCAUCGGGUUUAGGGUCCGUGUAGUCUACCUUGUGGCCAUUCGUUUUGUAUUCGUACCAGCUUUGUUUUGUAUUUCAAUCCGUAUUGACAAACUCUUACAUAGGUCCGUAAUAUCGUUUCAUCUGUAAAUUAUAAAAAGUAUAGGCUAAAUUAAGUUUUAUUCAAAAAUCUUUAUUUUCACAGUUCACCUCGGAGCUUUUCACUUGGAGCUCAAUGGUUACCGGUUUUGAAUGUUUUGCAUAUUGAUUUCACUGAGGGGACACGCUAAUGAAGUGAGGAUCGCGGCACAUUGCACAUGGUUGACAGGAAGUACACUCAACUAAUUUGUUGGAGUACGAACGAUCUCAAAAUGCUGAAUACUGCCACCUCUGGAAUUUCAAGCAACAUAGUUUAUGUGUUAUUAAUUAUUGGAGGGUUCAUAACACUGUUUUCCAUGUACUAUAAGACGUCUCCAAUGUUACCUUGUCAGCGCCAGCCUUCUUACUCAGUUAAGAACACAGCUUACUCAAUGGCAAAUAAACCGAUCUUGCUGCUUUGGUUCUGGCCUGAAAAUGAUAGGUUUGAUUUUAAGGACUGCAAAACGUUCUUCAACAUUGACGGUUGCAACCUUACAGACAAUAGGACCCUGUACAGUGAAGCUGAUGCAGUGCUCAUCUUUCACAGAGCCAUAAACCACAAUGCAUCAAAUCUUCCCCCCUCACCGAGACCCUCAUUUCAAAAGUGGAUUUGGUUUCAUGUGGAAUCACCAACAAACACACAGAAAGUUCCAGGUAUCGAGAACCUUUUUAAUGAGACUUUAAACUACCGACAGGAUGCAGACAUCCCUGUUCACUGGAAGUUGUCUAAAAAGACCAGAGAUGACUUUGCGCUGCCCAAGAAAGAACGAAUGAUCUGCUGGAUUGUGAGCAACAAUGACUCUCACACUGGGACAAAGAUGAUGUAUAGUUACUACAGGGAGCUUGUGAAACACAUUAAGGUGGAUGUGUUUGGCAAGGUGUUUGGUAGUUUCUUAAAAUAUAAAGAUUAUUUCUCAACCAUCGCAAGCUGCAAAUUCUACCUUUCCUUUGAGAACUCUGUUGACAAAGACUACAUCACAGAGAAGCUGAAUGGACCACUAGCAGCAGGAACAGUACCUGUUGUAUUGGGUCCCUCCCGACAGAACUAUGAGAGCUUUAUACCAGGGGAUUCCUUCAUCCAUGUAAAUGACUUUCCUGAGGCAAAAGCUUUGGCUGACUUCCUCCUGCAGUUGGACAAGAAUGAUGAGGCCUAUAUGCGCUAUUUCAAUUGGCGUCAGUAUUACUCUGCUAGGCCUCACCUGAUUAAACAGAACCGAAAAUUCCUCCAGGCCAUCUGCUAUGCCUGUGACCAUGUGGGAAGACACAGAGAGUACAGGGUUGUUCCCGAUAUUUACAAGUGGUAUUUCGGUUAAACUGUUACUUUCAUCCCUAGCAAGGAAAAACGCUCAAGACGCACUUGUUCCGGGAGUACAACAGUACUUAAGAAGGAUUUGCUGGACCUGAUGUUAGUUUCCUCUAGGAACACAAUGACUCUUAUGGAGGGACUUGUUGCUCUUGUUGGUUAGUUGUAACUGAUUUAAAUUAUUGUACUCGCUGUGAACUAUAUUAUUAUUUCUUGCAUUUCUACAGGUACACUCUUGCACUUUUGUGGUUUAUGUUGUUUAAUUGUAACUUGUUUAACUGCAUGCUCUUAUGGUUCUUCCCUUUGGUCUUUUUUGUUUUUUUCACAAUGUAUGCUUCAUGUUUUGGCUACCCGCAAUGUUUUGGGCUAUCUUGUUGUUAUGAUCAGUGACCUAUGCACUUUUGUAAAGCUCUCUCUUGGAAGUCGCUUUGGAUAAAAGUGUCUGCUAAAUGAAUAGAUGUGAAAAAACUGAAACCUGUACCAUUUGUAUUUUUUGUAAUAUUUGUAUUUUUAUAUUGUAAAUUACUGCAACUUAUAUUUUAUUGUAUAGUUUAUUUUAAUCUAAUUCCAUUGCUAGUGAUGUACCCUUAGUUUUCUAGUUAUGUACCCUUAGUAUAGUUAGUCCUCAUUUACAUUUUUGAUUCCUAUAUGUUUAAUGUUUGCACCUUCCUGCCAAAGCAAAUUCCUUGUCUGUGCAAACUUUCAUGGCGAAUAAAACUCAUUCUGAUUCUGAUUCUGAUUGGCUUUAACUUGAGUGCAAGGAUCUCCAUGGUGGCAUUGACCACUAGCGCCCCCUGGAGGAUUGUUCCAGUCAUAACCGUCCCCUGACCUAGGAUGCAGGAACAGAGCUGUUUAAGGGGCCAAAUUUGCACCAAGAUGGAUUCUCAGUGUUGGAAAUUGGAAAACGGGUUGGAACACUACAGCACAACAACUACAGUAUCAGAGCUGCAGUUUAACAUCCACAUCCAUGUUUUGAAAAGAUAAUGGUGAUUGCUCACAGUGACCUUACAAUGUUGUGACAGCAGUGUUCGUUUUGCUUGUCGUUCUCCUCAGCCAUGAGCAGGACACCGUCCAGGUCUCUGUGAGGGAGGGAUGUCUGGCUCUUCACAAACUAGGACACAAGACGCACAUGCACGCACCCACAGACGCACACGCACACAGCAACGACAAGCGAAAUAAAAACUGCUGUCAUAACAUUGUAAGGUCACUGUGGGCAUACAGUUAAGUCUGGAGUAUAUUUGGACAGUGACGUAAUUUUCAUAAUUUUGGCUCUGUAUGCCACAGUAACGGAUUUGAAAUUAAACAGCCAAGAUGCAAUUGAAGUGCAGACAUUCAGCUUUUAUUCAAGGGGCUGAACAAAAUUGUAUAUCAUGUGAUACGUUUAGGAAUUGCAACCAUUU